AUGUACUGUGAAUUGUACUGGCAAUAUCCAAUUGUUAUAAGUUUGUAUGUUGAUCAAAAUUCAAGAUUAGAGUUUCCUGCUGUAAGUAUUUGCAAUUUAAACCGAAAGAAAAUAGAUAGGGUACCUGUAAAGUUAGGUAACGUAACAGGAUCACCCCUUAUAUUUUCCGAGUUAAGAAAACUGCGGUUUUGCAAAAGGGAUGGAAAUGGUACCAAGUUUCGAGAUAACAAGCAUGAUGUUAUAUUAAAAUCCUUAAUGAAAUAUUAUGAAAUGGACAAAGAAACGAGAUUUCAUUUAGGAAUAGACCCUACCGAAUUCGUAAACGAAUGCACUUUCAAAGGCCGAUUUUGUUCUGGAGAUCGAUUAGAUUAUUUUGAUAGUUUCCAAUUCGGCAACUGCAUAACUUUUAACAAAAAGCUCCAAGGAGUGGAGACUUUGCACGUCACAGAAAUAGGUCCCGAAAAUAGCUUGUUUCUAAAAUUAAGGUUAUCUCCUGAAUGGUAUUUAGAUACAACUCAUACUAUAGGCGCCAAAGUUAUUAUCCAUGAUCCAUCAGAGAUUCCAAAUGCAGAAGAGGAGGGAUUCGUUAUUAUGCCCGGAUAUGAGUUUUUCGUAUCUCUGAAACAAAGUGUUGUUCGAAGAUUGCCUGCUCCCUAUAAAGACCGAUGCAUAGAUUACAAUAAUCAAAAUCAGAAUUCCGUACAUAGCAAAAACAGUUGUAUCAGAACAUGUAUCCAACAACAUAAUUUCGCAAGAUGCGGUUGCAUAGAUAUAUCUUUGGGAGUGAUGACAGAUUUGAAAUCCUGCAAUGUUACAAACGAGGAGGACGCCUGCUGUUUGGAUUAUGUCCUAGAUGAUAUGGCACGCAAUGGAUCACCUUGUAACUGUCCUUUACCAUGUACUUCUGUGUUUUAUAACAAAGAGAUCUCGAAAUCCUAUUUGGUGCCUGAAGGAGUACCGACGUGGAAGAAAUCGAGUCUCACAAAUAUAUUUCCUUUCGAACAACCUGGUGAAAAAAUACUUAAUGAUCUUAUGAAGAAACUUUUCAAGCCCGGACAUCUGAGAUUGAAUGUGUUUUAUUCGAGUUUAGAAAGACUGGUUUAUGAGCAGCGACCUAAAAUUGCUGUGUCUGAACUGCUUAGCUACAUAGGAAAUGAAUUAGGCUUAUGGCUAGGAAUAUCAAUGAUGAUAUUGUUUGAAGUUUUGGAAAAAAUGGCAUUGUUUUUAAAAUUUACUUUAUGCGCCCACACCUCAGAAAUGAGUAUGAGAAACUUCUGGUAUGGUGGUUGGUUCUUGCCACCUAGAAUGGGUAUAGAAAUGGUGUGGAGACGGCUACACCUUACCAAUGACAGGAUGCAACUUCCGCGGGACCGGUUGUACCGUGGCCGGUGA